AUGUCUUCGGAUAAUGCGUCGUCUGAUGUUCAACAAUUUCAAUCUGGUCAAUUUGCUUCAAGAAUUUUACUAGAUGCUUCGUCUUCUUCUAUCGUCAAUUUAUCAUCUGAUCCACUUGGUAAUUCUUCAACGACUAAUGAAUUCACAAUCACCAGUAUUACUAGAUUAUUAAAGACUGAUCCAUG